AUGCUUUCUGCUAGGGUUCAAGUUAGAAGGUCUUUUGCAAGUUUUGCAAAGAUUCCAAAAGUUUCUGAAGAGUUUCAAACAAGAAUGCCACCUUAUGCCAAAUUAUUGAGCAAACUAGAAAAAGUUAGACAGUUGACAAAUAAUACCCCAUUAACUUUGGCUGAAAAGAUUCUUUACUCACAUUUAACUAAUCCUGAAGAAUCUCUAUCCGGUAAUCUACCACUCUCUGAGAUUCGUGGUAACAGGUAUUUGAAAUUAUCUCCUGAUAGAGUAGCUAUGCAAGAUGCAUCAGCACAAAUGGCUUUAUUACAAUUCAUGACCACAGGCUUAAAUAAAACUUUCGUACCAACCUCUAUCCACUGUGAUCAUUUAAUCGUUGGUAAAGAAGGUGAAAAUAAAGAUUUACCUUCCUCCCUAACAAAUAAUAAGGAAGUUUUUGAAUUUUUGGAAAGUUGUGCUAAAAGAUAUGGUAUCACUUUUUGGGGGCCUGGUUCAGGUAUUAUCCACCAAAUUGUACUAGAAAAUUAUUCCGCCCCUGGUUUAAUGAUGUUAGGUACAGAUUCACAUACUCCUAAUGCCGGUGGUUUAGGUGCCAUCGCUAUUGGUGUUGGUGGUGCUGAUGCAGUCGACGCUAUGACUGAUACUCCUUGGGAAUUGAAAGCCCCAAAGAUCUUGGGUGUUAAAUUGACUGGUCAAUUGAACGGCUGGUCUUCUCCAAAGGAUGUUAUCACCACAUUGGCUGGUAAAUUAACUGUUAGAGGUGGUACCAAUCACAUUAUCGAAUACUUUGGUGAUGGUGUCAAGACACUUUCCUGUACUGGUAUGGCUACAAUAACUAAUAUGGGUGCAGAAGUAGGUGCCACUACCUCUACUUUCCCUUACCAAGAAGCUCAUAAGCGUUACUUACAAGCCACAGGUAGAAAAGAAAUUGCCGAUGCCGCUGAUAUUGCAUUGAAGGAGUAUGGUUUUUUGAAGGCUGAUGAAGGUGCACAAUAUGAUAAGGUGAUAGAAAUCAAUCUUUCUGAAUUAGAACCACACGUCAAUGGUCCAUAUACUCCAGAUUUGUCAACACCAAUCUCUAAAUAUGGUGAAAAAUCUAAAGCUGAAAAUUGGCCGCGAUACAUCUCCGUCGGGUUAAUUGGUUCUUGUACAAACUCUUCUUAUCAAGAUAUGACUCGUGUUAUUGACUUAGUUAACCAAGCAUCUGCUGUAGGUUUGAAACCAAAGAUUCCAUUCUUUGUUACUCCAGGCUCUGAACAAAUUAGGGCCACUUUAGAGAGAGACGGAAUUAUUAAGAAGCUCCAAGAAAAUGGUGCUAUUGUGCUUGCUAACGCAUGUGGUCCAUGUAUCGGUCAAUGGGAUAGAACUGAUAUUCCAAAGGGCUCCACCGAAGUUACAUCUAUUUUCACCUCAUUUAACAGAAACUUUAGAGCUAGAAACGAUGGUAACAGAAAUACAAUGAAUUUCUUAACUUCUCCAGAAAUGGUUACAGCUAUGGUUUAUUCUGGUGAUGCCCAAUUCAAUCCGUUAACUGACUCAAUUAAAUUAGAAAACGGCAAAGAAUUCAGAUUCCAACCACCAAAGGGUGAAGAGUUGCCAACCAAUGGGUUUGAAAAAGGUAGAAAAAUAUUUUAUCCAAAUCCUGAUCCUCAACCAAAUCCAAAAGUACAGGUUAAAGUUUCCCCGGAUUCAGAUCGUUUGCAAUUAUUAGAACCAUUUAAGCCAUGGAAUGGUAAAGAAUUAAAGACAAAUGUGCUGUUGAAGGUUGAAGGUAAGUGUACUACUGACCACAUUUCUGCUGCUGGUGUUUGGUUGAAGUAUAAAGGCCAUUUAGAAAAUAUUUCCUAUAAUACUUUAAUUGGUGCACAAAAUAAAGAGACUGGUGAAGUCAAUAAGGCUUAUGACUUGGAUGGUACGGCUUACGAUAUCCCAGGUUUAAUGAUGAAAUGGAAAAAAGAGCACAGACCAUGGUCAGUUGUGGCUGAACAUAACUAUGGUGAGGGUUCUGCUAGAGAGCAUGCAGCUUUAUCUCCAAGAUUUUUAGGUGGUGAAAUUAUCUUAACAAAAUCUUUUGCUAGAAUUCAUGAAACAAAUUUGAAGAAGCAAGGUAUUUUACCAUUAACUUUUGUUGAUGAAGCUGAUUACGAUAAGAUUCAUUCUGGUGACGUUCUUGAAACUGUUGGUUUAAUUGACUUAGUUGCAAAGGAUGGGAAUAAUGGUGGUUUCUUAGAUGUUAAAAUAACUAAAUCAAAUGGUGAAUCAUUUAUUAUCAAAACCAAGCAUACAAUGUCUAAGGAUCAAAUCGACUUCUUCAAAGCAGGUUCUGCAAUGAACUAUAUUGGCCAAUUAAAGAAAAAGGCUUAA